AUGUUCCUAGGCUUUGAAACCCUGGCACAGUUCUUUCCCGGCUUGAUCCUGUGGUGUGACCCCAAGUCGUCUGAAAUGGAAGCGACGACGCAGCCAUCAUACGUCGUGCAUGACCACACCAGAACACAUGAGCUCAAGCCCUGCAUGAUCAUCGCUGUCGACUACCAGACUCAGAUAAUACAAGUCGCCAGGCUCUGUGGCGUGACGCCGCAUGAUUCACGCAAGUGGGUCUGCAUAAAUUCGAACCCAAAAAUCACGUGGAAAGUCCCGGAUGCGUGGAUCUGGGUGGGCACUCCCGCAGUGAUUCCGAUGGUUUUGCACAAGCCUAGAGUGAUGCACCCUCAUCAGGAUCCAUAUUACAACGGGCCGGCAUUCGCUCGCGCAAAUCUUCAAGGUUAUUCGAUGCAUCGCCAGAAUUAUUUGGAGAAUUGCGGUAUAUACCAUAAACCAUCAUUCCCAAAUAAUUCUUGCUCAAUCGCCCUCCCAGCGGCCAGCUACAAGCAGCUCUCUCCCGCCUCCUCUAAUAAUGUUUCGACACAGAAUCCAGGUCCAGAAUUUACGAGCCUCAGCUCACAUCCUGUGGUAGUGCCGGCAGGGUUCACAGAGCGCAGCACAAACGCCCCGGGCUGGUGGAGAGAUCCCACUACUGGCUGGUUCUGGCAUGCCGAGAAAGGCUUAUUUCCGCCCACAAACUAA